AUGAGUUCUAGAAAACUACAACAGGAGUGCGACAAGCUCCAAAAGAAAAUUGUCGAAGGAUUGCAGAUAUUUGACGACAUUCAUGACAAAAUUUCCGCUACCGACAAUGCGAGUCAGAAAGAGAGACUCGAAGGUGACUUGAGGAAAGAAAUCAAGAAGUUACAACGUUCCCGUGACCAGGUGAAGCAAUGGCUAGGUGACAGUUCUGUCAAGCUCGAUAAGAACCUAUUACAGGAUAGCCGAAGCAAGAUUGAGAACGCUAUGGAACGAUUCAAAGAGGUGGAGAGAGUGAGCAAAAUGAAGCAAUUCUCAAACGAAGGUUUGGAAAUGCAAACGAAACUCGGGGCUUCUGAUGUGGAUGAGGCAAAGAAGAACGAGGCUUCGCGUUACGUGACUGACGUUCUUGAAGAGUUGGCCAGACAAAACGAACUUUUAAGUGGAGAGCUAAGUACGUUCUCUGGUAAGAAGAAGCUGGGCAACGCCCAACUGGCGAUCGACGACUUGAACCAGAAGAUCGACAGAAACAACAUGCAUAUUGGUAAGCUCGAACUGGUGCUUCAUAACUUGACCAACGAGCAGCUAAAGCCCGAAAGGAUAGACGAUAUCAAGGACGACUUAGACUAUUAUGUGGAGAACAACCAGGCGCCCGAUUUCAUUGAGUAUGAUGAGUUUUAUGAGGCACUAGAACUUGAAGAGGGUCCUGAAAGCUUCCCUGCCGCUUCACUCCCAACCACUGCCCAGGAGGAGAAGGAGCCUGAAAAGGUGGAAAAGAUCGAAAAGCCCAAGGAGAAGGAAACUCCAAAGGAGCCUCAGCCGAGGAGCCCGGCAAAGAAGGAAAACAGUCAUUCUCUGGCAGCUCCUCCUGCGCCAGUGUCUGCACCUAGUUCCUCCUCUGCUACUACCGCAUCACUGAGCCAUACGCAGCCUCUCACAGCGCCAGCCAAGCCACCCACUGGUUCUGGUCCUUCCGCUGCUGCUCUUGCGCUGGCACGUGCUCCUCCUCCAGGUCUUGGGUCCUCCAAGUCGGGCAGCCCAGCUCCUCUGGCUAGUGCACCCAAAACCAGUGCUGAGGAGCUUAAAAAGAGGGUUAUUACAUCUCAGGCUAGUGCUCCAGCGGCUCCAGCCUCUGGUCUCACAGCCGCUGCUGUGCUCUCUGGUGCCAUGAACAACCAGGGGUCGCCAGCUUUGUCUAAUGUCGCCACCUCGACUGCUGGAUCCACUGCAAGAGCACCAUCUGAAGCUCUGCCUUCGUUGCCAGCAGCACUCACGCAAGAGUCAAAGUACAUGAGCGAGGCAGCCUCGCGGGUGAAUGCCAUUGCACAGAACAGAUUAGCGAACCCAUUGCCGUUCCUGGCGAUCAGCCAACUCUUGGAGUCUUCCUUGCUCAAUUGUCCCGAUUCCUCUGAUGCAGAGAGGCCUCGUCAAUAUAACCCACAGAACGUGCAUCCGCUGUCGGUGGACUACCCUCAGGAACCUAUGUUUGAGCUCAACUCGGCUAAAAUCAUGUCCAAGUUCGACAACGACACGCUAUUUUUCUGUUUCUACUACAGCGAGGGCCAGGACGAUCUUGCGAAGUACAACGCUGCUCGCGAGUUGAGCAGGCGAGGCUGGGUGUUCAACUCGGAAACGAAGCAGUGGUUUUCGAAAGACGAGAAGGCCAAGAGCCGUUCUGUGUCUUUGGCUCCAGGCGAGGAAGUGGAGCGUGGUGAAAGCUACAAGUACUUUGACUACCAGAGCAGCUGGUUGAUCCGCCGCAAAGACAACUUUAGCUUCAAGAAGGAGUUGCAGGAGACGUUUUAG